GGGGAGGGGCGGGGAGGAGGAAGCGGCGGCGGCUGCGGAUAUCGCUGCGAACCAGCGGCGUCUAAACCCUCCGCGGCUGCUGAGCGUCCGGCUGGGGCGUGAGUCGAAGCCCACACCGAGGUCCGCGUCCCCUCGCCGGCUAGGGCGGCCUUACGCCCGCUGCCACUGAAGCGGUGUAUCCCGCAUUCUCCGCUGUCCGGGGCUGGUCGGCUGUGGCGUCUCCUGGUUCCCCGUUGCUCGCCCGCUCCCUCCCUGCUCGCCUGAGUCACCGCCGCCAUGGCCGAGAGUGGUGAAAGCGGCGGCCCUCCGGGCUCGCAGGACAGCACCGCCGCGGCCGAGGACGCCGGGAGCACUCCCUCUGCCAUUGCCUCCCCGGAGCCCAAGAUCAUGAAAGUCACCGUGAAGACCCCGAAGGAGAAGGAAGAAUUCGCCGUGCCCGAGAACAGCUCCGUCCAGCAGUUCAAGGAAGAAAUCUCUAAGCGUUUCAAGUCACAUACUGAUCAACUUGUGUUAAUAUUUGCUGGAAAAAUUUUAAAAGAUCAAGAUACUUUGAGUCAGCAUGGAAUUCAUGAUGGACUUACUGUUCACCUUGUCAUCAAAACACAAAACAGGCCUCAGGAUCAUUCAGCUCAGCAAACAAAUACCACUGGAAGCAACGUUACCACAUCAUCAGCUCCUGAUAGUAACUCCACAUCUGGUUCUGCCACUAGUAACCCUUUUGGUUUAGGUGGCCUUGGAGGGCUUGCUGGUCUGAGUAGCUUGGGUUUGAAUACAUCCAACUUCUCUGAAUUACAAAGCCAGAUGCAGCGGCAGCUUAUGUCCAACCCUGAAAUGAUGGUUCAGAUCAUGGAAAAUCCCUUUGUUCAGAGCAUGUUGUCAAAUCCUGACCUGAUGAGGCAGUUGAUUAUGGCCAAUCCACAAAUGCAGCAGUUGAUACAGAGAAAUCCAGAAAUUAGUCAUAUGCUGAAUAAUCCAGAUAUAAUGAGACAAACACUGGAACUUGCCAGGAAUCCAGCAAUGAUGCAGGAAAUGAUGAGAAACCAGGACCGAGCUUUGAGUAACCUGGAAAGCAUCCCAGGGGGAUAUAAUGCUUUACGGCGUAUGUACACUGAUAUUCAAGAACCGAUGCUGAGUGCUGCACAAGAGCAGUUUGGUGGUAAUCCAUUUGCUUCCUUAGUGAGCAAUACAUCUUCAGGUGAAGGUAGUCAACCUUCUCGUACAGAAAAUAGAGACCCAUUACCCAAUCCAUGGGCGCCACCAACUUCCCAGAGUUCAUCAGCUUCCAGUGGUACCACCAGCACUGUGGGUGGCAGUGGUGGCAGUGCUGCCAGUGGCACUGCUGGGCAGAGUACUACUGUACCAAAUUUGGGGCCUGGAGUAGGAGCCAGUAUGUUCAACACCCCAGGAAUGCAGAGCUUGUUGCAGCAAAUAACUGAAAAUCCACAGCUUAUGCAGAAUAUGUUGUCUGCCCCAUACAUGAGAAGCAUGAUGCAGUCAUUAAGCCAGAACCCCGACCUUGCUGCACAGAUGCAGAAUCCUGACACACUAUCAGCAAUGUCAAACCCUAGAGCAAUGCAGGCCCUGUUACAGAUUCAGCAGGGUUUACAGACAUUAGCAACGGAAGCCCCUGGCCUCAUCCCAGGGUUUACUCCUGGCCUAGGUGCAUUAGGAAGCACUGGAGGCCCUUCAGGAACCAGUGGGUCUAGCUCUGCACCUAGUGAAAACACAAGUCCUACAGCAGGAACCACUGAACCUGGAAACCAGCAGUUUAUUCAACAAAUGCUGCAGGCUCUUGCUGGUGUAAAUCCUCAGCUACAGAAUCCAGAAGUCAGAUUUCAGCAACAACUGGAACAGCUCAGUGCAAUGGGAUUUUUGAACCGUGAAGCAAAUUUACAAGCGCUAAUAGCAACAGGAGGUGAUAUCAAUGCGGCUAUUGAAAGGUUACUGGGUUCCCAGCCAUCAUAGCAGCAUUUCUGUAUCUUGAAAAAAUGUAAUUUAUUUUUGAUAACGGCUCUUAAAUCUUUAAAAUACUGGCUUUAUUUCACUUUGACUCUUAGAGUUCUGUGCUGUUAUAAACAAACCCGAUAUGAUGCAUUUUAAGGUGGAGUGCAGUCAGAUGUGUAGGUUUUUCUUUUUUUGGGGGGCGGGGGGGGGGGGGCUUUGUUCUUUGUUUUUUUGUUUUUUUUCCGAACAGUGGGAAUCAAUGCUCUUUUUCAUUUAAGGCUACUGCAUGCAUCCAACACUUCUGCAUUUAUUGUAAUUUUUUAAAAACAGAUACCACCUUUUAUAGUUGGGUGAACCGAUUUUUGUCCUGCAUCUGUCCAAUUUAUUUGCUUUUUAAACAGCCUAUGGUAGUAAUUUAUGUAGAAUAAAAGCAUUAAAAAGAAGCAAAUCAUUUGCGCUCUAUACUUCAAGGUACAGUAUUGCUUAUUGUGACUUUGGCAUGUAUUUUUGGCAAACAAAAUGCUGUAAGAUUUAUACUACUGACAGUUUUUGCUCUAUUUGUAUAUGGUAUAGUAUGCACAUUUGGAACUGCAUUUCUAGAAACUCAUUGCAAUAGGUUAUCUGAGCUAAACACCUGUAACCAAAAAAGGAACUAUAAGGAAAUACUCUUAAAGCUGUGUAUUUCCUAACUGUAUAGAAUCUUACAGCAUCUUUGAUAAACAUCUCUCUGCAGAAGUGCCAGUUAGGUUUGUUGAAAAUACAGUAGAAAAGCAGAUUCUGGUGGUCUCUUUAAGGACAUUUAAUUGUACAGAAAACUUAUAAUGUAAUGUUUCAACAUUCACAGAUUGACUGUAAAUUACCUUCAUCUUUGUGCAGAAUGAAGGAGCACUAUAGUAUACCCCAAAGUACAUUUGCCUAGGCCUUUUCAGCUUCUCCCAUAGGUAGUUUAAUAGGCAUUACAAUUUGUAAUUGAAAUGUUGCUUUCACUGAAAGUGCUGUGACGUUUCAGUUACUUUUAACCGCUAUAUAAAAAUAGAACUAUCUUUUGGGUUUAUCCAUUUUCUCAUGCACACGCAAUACAUGGAUUUAAAAUGAUUUGUGAGCCACUUGUUUCUGAAGUGUUUUUGUAGUUCUCUUUAAGAAAUAGUUUAAUACUGUGCUUUUCAGAGCUUCAGAGAAGGGAAAUUUGGGGGAGGGGGGGGAUAUCCAUCCUGGAUUGGGCCAGCCUAAAUAAUACUGGCAACCAAGAUUUUCUUAGAAUUUCUGUGCAUAUAGUGUAGUAAAGAAGUAUCAUUCAGGGGUGGAAAACAAAGAGCCGUUUUAACAAUGUUGAGAACAUUUGGCUGUUCUACAACUUUUUUCUUCCCUCCCCAAAGAAGUUCUGUUUACCUGACUCUCAAACUAUUGGGGUGGUACAUUCCUUUAGGACCAAUUUAAACAUAAUGUUGGCGUCAGUAAUAUAUUUUGCCGACUCUGGUUCAGUAUUCUCUUAGGUCGUUAUAGUCUCUCAUAUACAGUUACAGGAAAUUAAAAUGUUAAAGUAACGUAAAAUGAGUUCAGACCAAUAAAAUCGAGGGAAAUACAAGUUGAAUUCCAUUACUUCUGUAGAUGCUUGCUACGUGUUGCCCAUCAGUCCAUGCACUGUUCUGACACUUUCCCUGGGAGGAAGACAUGUACAAAGGUCACUGUGGAGGCAUGACUAGAGUAACUUGUUAAGGAUGAUAUUCAUGUAUCUUUGCUCUUUCUGCCUUAUGCUUUAGUCUGGUUUAAAACUUUUGUACUUUGCAAAUGGUGGUAUACAGUGUGGGACAGUGUCAUAACCAAUUUGAUGAUUUAUUAAUCACAAAAUAACAAUAAAUCUCUAGCUUUUA